GAUCGGAACCUAGACAGCCCGGACGCCCCAUGCCCUGCUGCCGCGGCGGACGAAGGGCAGAAAGCGGCGGCUGCUGUCCAGACAUGGUGGACUGAAACUCCGGCGGGUGUUCCCCGAGCCGCUGCAAGAAGCGUCUGCCCCCCUCUGCCCGCUCCCAGGAGGAAGGAGAAAGGGGGGAAGCGCGUUCCUUUCCCGCGUCCCUCUUUCUUUCUUCUUUUCGGUCCCUAUGGAGCAGCGAUCCCCGACCCUCGACCAUGCCUAGGAAAGCGGGGAAUGGGCAGCUCCCCUUACCCGAAGGCUGGGAGGAGGCGCGGGAUUACGACGGGAAAGUCUUCUACAUCGACCACAACACCAAGCAGACCAGCUGGAUCGACCCCCGGGACAGGUUAACAAAGCCAUUAUCCUUUGCAGACUGUGUUGGAGAUGAGCUACCAUGGGGAUGGGAAGCCGCAUACGACCCUCAGAUUGGUGUCUACUAUAUCGACCACAUAAACCAAACCACGCAAAUAGAAGAUCCAAGAAAACAAUGGAGGCAAGAGCAAGAGAAAAUGCUAAAAGAUUAUCUCACAGUAGCACAAGAUGCCCUAAGCACUCAAAAAGAACUGUAUCAUGUGAAAGAACAGAGACUGGCACUUGCUUUGGAUGAGUACGUGAGGUUGAAUGAUGCCUACAAGGAAAAGUCAAGCUCUCAUACAAGCUUAUUCUCAAGCUCCUCUUCUAGCACUAAGUAUGACCCUGAUAUUCUGAAGGCAGAAAUCUCCACUACAAGAUUAAGGGUUAAAAAGCUGAAGAGAGAACUCUCACAGAUGAAGCAAGAACUACUGUAUAAAGAGCAAGGCUUUGAAACGCUGCAACAAAUUGACCAAAAAAUGUCCGGAGGCCAGAGUGGGUAUGAACUAAGUGAAGCCAAAGCCAUUGUGAACGAGCUGAAGUCUAUCAGAAAGGCCAUAAACUCAGGCGAGAAAGAGAAGCAGGAUUUAAUGCAGAGUCUUGCAAAGCUGAGAGGAAGAUUUCUCUUUGACCAAACUAUUGGCAGAUCCGAACCAGAUCUGAGUUGCAGCCCAGCGCACUCUCAGCUCUCCCUUUCUAGGCAAACUUUGGAUGCAGGUUCACAGACAGACGUUUCUGGUGAUGUUGGUGUCAGAAAUAGGUCCAAUUUAGCUGAAAAGGUCAGGCUGAGUCUUCAGUAUGAAGAAGCCAAAAGAAGCAUGGCCAAUCUAAAGAUUGAACUGUCUAAGCUAGAAAGUGAAGCUUGGCCUGGGGCCCUGGACAUUGAGAAGGAGAAACUGAUGCUGAUUAAUGAAAAGGAAGAGCUUCUAAAAGAACUUCAGUUUGUCACCCCAUGUAAACGCACUCAAGAUGAAUUGGAGCAUCUGGAAACAGAAAGGAAAAGGCUGGAAGAGGAGCUGUCUGUGAAAAGCACACCGAGCGAUGCACUUACAGAACGGUUAAAACUGGAAGAGAGAAGAAAGACCUUAGUUAAAAAACUUGAAGAAACCACUAAACUAACUACUUAUUUGCAUUUGCAGCUUAAAAGUCUCUCUGCCAGUACAUUAUCUGUAUCUUCCGGGAGCAGCCUGGGGUCCCUGGCAUCCAGUCGUGGGUCUCUGAACACAUCUAGCAGGGGAUCGCUGAAUUCCCUUAGCUCUACAGACCUGUAUUAUAACCAAGGUGAUCAAACCACAGACCUGGACUAUCAGUAUAAGUUGGACUUCAUGCUGCAAGAGAAAUGUGGUUACAUUCCAUCAGGCCCUAUCACUACCAUACAUGAGAACGAGGUGGUCAACUCCCACGGGAGAAUAGGCUAUAGUGAUUCUUCUGGCUCUUCGGCAGCAGGCUAUAUCCCCAAAUUAACUGAACCUCCAAAAUCAGUGACCUCCUUGUCUUCAAGAUCCUCCCUUUCCUCCUUGUCCCCUCCUGGAUCGCCCUUGGUUUUAGAAGCUGCCUUCUCAGUGCCACCUCAAGACUCUCCAUUGCACCACCUCACAGCAGACUUUGAAGACUGCGAUUUGCCGAGCGAUUUUGCAGGCAUUAGCCUCUGUGAGAACCAAAUGCUGUCGGACUCCGAAACCAGGACAUCUUCUCAGUCCCUGGCAGAUGAUAAAGACCUCAGUGAAAAUGUGAGACAGAUCACAUCACCUUCAAGAAGUGCAGAUGUUGACUUACCAAGAAGAACUGUAAGUCACCUGCUUGAGGAGAAGGCAGGAGGAUGUGUAUCGGCUGCAGUGUCUGAUGAGUCCGUGGCUGGAGACAGUGGUGUAUACGAAGCUUCUGUAAAACAACCAAAUGAUAGUGAAGAGGCUGCAUAUGGUGAAGACGAUGCCACAAUCCUAGAAACUGCUCAAGUACAGAUCGGACUGAGAUACGAUACAAACAGCUCAAGUUUUGUGAUAAUUGUGGUGCAGUUACAAAACCUGCAUGUCCUUUCUGUAUCCCCUGGCUCCAAAGUAUAUUUUAGAGUUGCAGUCCUCCCUUCUUCAGCUGACAUCAGCUGUCUGUUCCGCACAAAAGUCCACCCUGCUGCUGAAACUCUUUUGUUCAGUGAGAUGUUCAGAGUAGCCAUUUCCCAAGCAUCUUUGCAUCAGAAGACUUUGAGAGUAGAUAUCUGCUCUGUCAGUAAAACUUGUCGAGAAGAAUGCCUGGCUGGAACUCAGAUAAGCCUGGCAGACCUGUCGUUUUCAAAAGAGACGUCUACUCUGUGGUAUAACUUGCUGGCUUGCAAGCAGGUUCCUGGCAAAAAGGACAAGGGGCCAAAGGAGGAUCCUGUAUUUGUCCCUGUCACUCAGUUACCAGGCUCUUUGGACUUGGAUGCCGUGUCAGCCUUACUAGAAAGAACUUCAGCCGAACUGGAAGCAGUAGAGCAAGAGUUGGCGGAAGAGGAGGAAGAAGAGGAGGAAGAAAAGGAAGUGCAGGAGUCACAGAGUGCUGAGCAAGAAUGGCUAGGAGUGCUGGCAGAGACAUCUAGCAAGAGUGUGACUGAAGAAGAGGACCACGUGGAAGGAGUGGAGGGAGGUGCCUAUGCAGAAGAUGACAGCUUCUGCUCCCAAUUGGUAGAAGCAAAUGAAGUCAAGGAGGAAGAAGACGGUGGCCCUGCAGAUGUGUGUUGCAAUGUGCUAGCAACGGUAUCACCCACGCUGGUCGACAAAGAAACUAACACAGAGGGUGAGAGUGUGGUUGUCCGGCCCAAGGACAGAGCCAGCCUGAAGUCUCAGCAGCAGCAUCCCUUUGUCAGGAACAGCAUGAUAGUCCGCUCACAAACCUUCUCUCCAGGCGAGCGGAACCAGUACAUCUGUAGGCUGAACCGGAGCGACAGGCUGAGCCUGAGAGUCAAAAGGCCUGCUUGCCAGCCUAACAUGCGAAGAGCGACACAAGAGCACCCUGUCCGUACCUCCCUCGACUUGGAGCUGGACCUCCAGGCUUCUCGGACGCGACAGAGCCGCCUGAACGAUGAACUGCAAACACUGCGUGAACUUAAACUGAAGCUUGAGGACAUGAAAGCGAGAGGGGAGACAGAGCUUCCUCCAUGUGUGCUGGAGGAUGAAAGAUUCCAAAAGCUCUUGAAACAAGCUGAAAAGCAGGCUGAACAAUCAAAGGAGGAAAAAAAACGGGGCUUAAGUGCUGAAAAACUGAUGAGGAAAGCUUCGAAGGAUGUGUGCCGGUUGCGAGAGCAGAGCCAGAAGGUGCCGCUACAAGUGCAAUCAUUUCGGGAGAAGAUUGCAUACUUCACAAGAGCAAAAAUCAGCAUACCUUCCCUUCCAGCCGAUGAUGUCUAACUGUUCCCCCGCCCCCAUCUCCACAAGGUGUUUUUCUACUUGUUCAUCUUGUUUUUAUAUAUAAAGAUGACAGAUUUUAUAGUAUAGUUACCUGGGUUUAAAGCCUCCUGUUUCACAUCCCACUUAUUGAUACAGUUUGUAAACAACCCCCGCCACAACAGUAAAUUGUGCUCCUGUAUGUUGUUGUUUUUUUUAAAAUGCAAGAAAAAGCCCUCUCUCUUCUCUUCUGUGCAAGUCUCCCACACCGAAAAACCAAAGUAGAUGAUUUCUGGUACACUGAUGCUGAUUUUGUACAGUUUGUAUGUAUUGCAGAUGUGCUACUAUUUUGUAAAGAUGGAUCUAAAGAACAAAGGCAGUACCAAGUAUAUCCUGUUGAAUGGCACUGUGUCAAGAAAUAUUAUGUUCAGCGGGAGGAUUCUGUUCACUGUUGUAUUUUUUUUUUCUCACAAGGGCAGACUGUGAAGAUGGCUGCUAGGCCACGCAAUAUUUUUGUACAAACGUGUGACUUCUUAGCUAGCAACAAACGCAAGCUCUUCUUCCAAAACAGCAAGACUGCCUCAUGUAGACAGGUGCUGUUGACGUCUGUCCCCUUCAUUGGAACUUUCAGCUAAGGACCCUGUCUUUUUAUAUAUGAAGAAAGAGUCCUGUGACACUGAGCUACAGGAGCGUGGUUUUGUGAAUGUACUGGACCUUGGGCUGCACUCAGGUUGUCGAGGCUCCUUGCAUCCAAAGGCAAGGGAAGGCGGUGUGUGGCAACCCUCUAACCCUGAAAUGUGUUAAACUGAACCUACCCAAGGGCAGCUGUUUUCUGAAACUGAACUCAGGUUCAUGCAAAACAUUUAAACCUGAGGAGUCAAACACUUUAAAAGAUAAAACACUUCAGUGUAAUGUGUACAUCUAGCACAACAGCCAGUAAGUAGCCUGUAGGGAUAGUUGACUCCAGUGUAUGAAGCCCUAGGAGACCUGUGCAAUUUUCAAAGGAGUGGUUCUUUGCAAAAUGCAAAAUCCGUCUAAGCACCGAACAUGUUGUUGGUAUAAAAAAUGUAUUCUAAAGAGAAAUGCAUGAGAUUAGAGCACUUAAAAUUGAGUUUUGGUAGGUAAAAGAUGAAAUACACCAGGCAAGCUGAUUCCUAAAAUUAAGUAUGGCACAAAAAGGAGUAAUCAUGACUGAGAUAUCUAUGGAACUAAAAUCUUGGUUUGUUUAUAUAGCUGUUUGUAUUGACAAAAAGGCAAAAGACAAUAUGAAUGUGCUUAUCAGGGCUGGUACUGGGAAACAAAACUUUCCAGUGACUUUUCUAAGCAGCAUAAUGCUAAAAGUGUGUAAGUGGGUGUGUAUAUAACUGGCAUAUUCUCUCUGAGUGUCAGCUUGCCACAAAUAGCUGGUCUUCACUGGGGUCAUAGUAGGGCUUGGCUACCAUUAGCUUGGUUGCUGUGAUGUCGCAGUUGGUUUGCCAACCUCCAAGUAAGGCCUGGAGAUCUCCCAGAAUUGUAAGUGAUCUACAGACUAUA